AUGGCCGAUAGAACAAAAGUUAUAGCAAUCUCGUCCCUAAUAUUGAGGAUCCUCACUCUAGCGUCCAUAAUCGCUUCUAUUGUGCUUCUAGUUACUGACAAAGCCAUCUUUGAAGGUGUUCAAUUCGGAAGCUUCAAAGAUCUCAUCACAUACAGUGGAGCCUACACGGUGUUGCAGUUGCCUUUUGCUGUGUACUAUGCAUCUACAGGAAAGAGGUUAAUCCGCAACGGAUAUUUGCCAGAAUUUGAUUUCUUCGGAGAUAAGAUGAUCAGCUUGCUUCUGGCUACGGCUGUGGGUGCUGGUUUUGCAGUCACUAUAGAGAUAGAAAGGAGUCCGGGCAGUGGAUUUAAGAACUUCUAUACUAGAGCGAACGUUGCAACCGGUGUUCUGUUGAUAGGCACUGUUUGCAUGGUUCUUGUUUCUGUGCUUUCAUCUAUCAAUUAUCGGACCCAAAGUAAAUCAUCAGGGAUCUUUGGAUAA